UUGUCUAUGCUAUGCGAUUUUGACAUUGUUUGACAAAUGGUACCUUAUGUCUCCGACGAUUGGCGACUGGUGUGAAAUUUUUGUAUUUAAUUUCUGAGGAAGAAUGAGCCGCAAAUGAAAACAUGUCAAUUAGGGAAAAUCUUGCAGAGCUGGGCUGGCACAUUAGUCAAGAAGGUUUCGAUACUAUUAGCGAGAACGGAGCAAUUCAGGAUGUAGAUGUUCUAAGCAGACGUGCUUUAGACCAUGACCUGCGGGACAUUGGCGAGGCCGCCUUUCCUGAGGACUUCCCGAAGGACCCGUCGAAGCUCGAGAAACCGAUCGUUGUUCAAAUACAAAAGAUAAGGAAUGUGUCAGCUCCAAAAGCGAAUGAAGAGUCAAAUUAUGCACCUCGAAUGUUAAAAUUGAUUUUAAAUGAUGGGAAAAGUUCAUGCACCGGAUUAGAGACAAGCCCAAUCUCUAGUAUAAGUAUAAACACACCGCCAGGAACCAAACUGUUGCUGAAGAAUGAGGGGUUGGAGGUGUGCCAUGGGGUCAUCUGGCUCACACCCAGUGUGGUCACUGUGCUGGGGGGUAAGGUGGCCCACAUGAUCGAGAAGUGGGAGUUGGUCCGGAGUCUUGCCAAGCACACUAGGGGGGGUGUUGGAGUGGAUGGAGGCCCUCCGCCGUGGAUCCCUUUUGGCCAACGUCUGGAAGCUAUCACUGUGGACAAACAAUUCAAGAGCAUACAAGAGGCCUCUAAGCAGGACAAUGCUGAGUUUGAGGCACAAAGGAAAGGUGCUAUUGCUGAGGCCCAGAGGUUGUCUGGAGUUAAGAAGGUCUUUGGCGGAGGCACGAAACCCCUACUGGAUGCUAAUGUGCAGAAAAUCAUUGAUGCAGGCUUCACCGAGGAGCAGGCGGAGAAUGCCCUGCGAUAUACAAAGAAUAAUGUUGACCGAGCCCUAAGGAUGCUGCAAAAGAGAGACAACUCUGAGAACAGGAGAGAGAGGCAGCAAAAAGAACCAGAGCCACCCAAGCGCAAGGGGCGAAACAAGGAGCCUAAUGAUGACGACAACAUUGCCGUCAAACCCUCCGGAAAAGUAUCUCUGUUCGACUUCUUAGAAGAUAAACUACCCAACGUUCCCGAAAAGGACAAAAGCAAUCGUCAAUAUAACAAUAACAGUAAUGACGAUAGGGAAAGUAGGAAUUUUAGGGACAGGGAUAGCAGAGAUAGAAAUGGUGGCAAAAACAAUCAGCGGCCCCAAGGGUCGCGGUUCGAGGGCAACAACAGGCCCCGCCCCGACAGAGGACACUACAAUGACGGCCAUCACACACAAAGGGAGGACAGGAAAUAUCAGCCUCAAAACGAGAAACCGCCUCGCUUCCAGAAAAAACUGGAGGAAAAGAAUAAACAACAACAGCACCAGCAGCAACAGCAAGCGAAUUAUAAUUUAAACACUAAUCCAUACGGCAACUCUUAUCACAACCCGCCGCAGCCUCAAUACGGAGAUAGGAAUAUGCGCAACGAUCGAGUCAAUGACAAGAUGCAACAACCUCAAUACCGGAACAACAACCACAUGGACAGCCUGACGGAGGCGACGUCGAACCUGAGCCUGCUGUCGAGCCAGCGGCCGGAGUCGCGCGGCUACCCCGAGCAGUACCACAAGCCGUACAUGCCCGCCCCCGCCACUCCCACCGCCCCCGUCGCCCCCACCGCCCCCGCCAGAGACGUCCGUCCCUUCCGCCGCGCCGCCGGGGCGCCCGCCUACCAGGAGCCCUACCAGCGGCGGCAGCAGCCUAACGGGUACAUGGAGGCGGCGUGCCUGUACGGAGUGCCGGCCUCGGCGCCGGCGGGCGUGGGGUACAACUACUCGCGGCCGCUGUACGGGCACGGGCAGCACGCGCAGCACGGGCAGCACGGGCAGCACGCGCAGCACGCGCAGCACGCGCAGCACGGGCAGCACGCGCAGCACGGGCAGUACGCGCGCGAGCGCGGCCCGUUCCUGCCGGGCUCGCUGCUGGGCUUCCAGAACGCCGCCGUCAACGAGCAGGCGCGCGCCAUGCUGGGCGUGGCCGACAUACGCUGGAAGGUCGGCGACCGCUGCCUGGCGCUCUACUGGGAGGACAACAACUUCUACGAGGCGGAGAUCACCGGUAUAUCCGCUAAUACGGUAGUAGUGAAGUUCUGUGCGUACGGGAACCACGAAGAGGUCCUCAAAUCUAAUUGUCUGCCCUUUCCCAACCAAGCAGCCCCAGCGCCGGCAGGAGCGGCUGGCGGGGCGGGUGUGGGGGCGGGGGCGGGCAGCAGCGGGUACCCUUGUGGCGGGUUCCCCGCCCCCGCCCCCGCGGCGGCGCGGCGCGCCUAGUGGCACGAGGCGGCGCCCGCGCCCGCGCCAGCGCCCGCCCCGGCGCGCAGCUGACCGUCGCCGCGUCGCCGCCGCGCCGGCGCCUGCCCCACAUACACGGCAGACUUCUCCAAGUGCCGUUCGGCUAGCGGCUAGGCCCUCCCGGGACAUUUUGUCGACCAUCUAUCGGUGACGCUGUCGGUGGCGGCCGAGGAGUGACGGAGCCCGAUUUGCGGCCUCGCUUAACUUACGGUCCCGUAGUCGUUUCGUUUUCCUUCGGUCGCCCGAUAGCAUGUGAAUGAUAUUCCUUAGGAUCUAAACGUGACGGUGACGAAACGUGUCGGCCGGCCUCUACGGAAGCUCGCUUUAAUCUUUCGGCUCGACGGAGCCCUACCGCGUAUCAUUAGUCGGUUGAUGUGUGUUACUCACUUGAAGUGAAUGUUUGAUUACUUGUGACGUUUGGCUUUUAGAGGAAAAGUGUACGAGACGAUUACCUUACUCAGUAAUCGAAGUAGGAUAUGCAUAUUUUCAUGUGAAACAAACAGGAUGGCGUUUACUACUGUCAUAUGUCUUACUUACUUACUGUCUUGUUUAUAUCUUACUUUUUUCAUACUCUAAAUAUUUAUGCUAAUAAGUUUUCAUAAAAACAUAUAUUUAUAUUUAAAACCCUACAAAGUAAUCAUCUUGCACACCCCAAGUACUUAAAAUGAUAACUUCCGUAAAAUUCAAAGUGUCGCUCACGCCACCACUGCUAAUGAACUGAAGCAAAGAGGCAUGCUAGGCUACGUUUUGCUAAAGAAUUCAACUACAUGAUGUUAGCUUUUUGCGUCCAAUGGAAAAGGAUCAUCUACAUCUUGGACUCAACUCGUUCCACGUCUCUCUUAUAUUGACUGGACACAAUUUUUUUUUCGUAGAAUUUAAAGCGCCGCUCACGCCGCUCACGCCGCACGCCGCCACUGCUAAUGAACUGAAGCAAAGAGGCAUGCGAGGCUACGUUUUGCUAAAGAAUUCAACUAGAUGGCGUCAGCUGUUUGCGUGCAAUCGAAAAGGAUCAUCUUACCUCUUGAGAUUAACUCGUACACCUUUCCCCUACACCUAGCGCCUAAAUCUAAAAUGAAUCAAACGCCUGUAUUACGAUCGUCGCUACUUCUCCGUUACUAAUUAUUAUUCUUAUUUAAGCUUCUUUUCCCACACAUCUAUUUUAAGAUUGUCUUUUGAUUUGUUUUAUGUUCAUGAUGUGUGAUCCCUUGAAGGUAAAAGCCUCCUCUAUCUUUUUCCAUUUCUGUUUGUCGAUUACUAACUACCCUUAUCUAAUUUAGUGCGACUUUUAAUUUGACCCCUUUAGGUCUAAGCAGUUUAAUUAUUAAUUAGUUCGAGUGAGAUGAACCGGCAUUAAUUUUAAUUGUCUAAUCAACGCAACGAUUAACACAUUCACUGCCAAGAACCCGCCUAGUGGGCGCGCGAAACUUUUGCUCAGAUGUCAGACAACCCACUAGCCAUAGAUAACAACAGACUACGCUAAAGAGCCCACCUAGCGGGCCCACAUCGCACACUAGGGUUUACAUCAGCAAAUAAGUUUUAAUUAUUAUAUUAUUUAGACCUGCAUCAAAUCAAUCAGUUUGAUAUGUAAAUUCCGAAAUCCAUUUGGGAUUGUGUAUGUAUCUGUAUGUUUUACGUUAUUUAUGCUUAGGUACAUGAAAAUUACUUUUUAAAUGCGUCAAGUAAGUCACGCAGAUGUGAGACUAAGAACUAAUAAAAUAAAAGUAACAGGAUAUUUGAUUCUGAAACUUUGCACAACUCUGGUGCCUGCCUACUGUGUUGAUCUGUGAUCGUUAUGUGGCCUCGCCAACCCGCCUAGCGGGCGCCUAUAGAUUCAUAGUUUUUGUAGUACUGUUUAAUUUUAUGUCUGGCAGUGAAUGUGUUAAUAUUUCGCAGGAUCACGAAAAUGGUGAGUACUGGUUGAUCUCUCGUUGUCUGCCAGACAGGUGCCAUAUGAAUAAACUGCACUUUAAUUCGGAGAUAGAACUCUCGCUGUUUAUCUUAUCACUGACAAAAGUUCCCUUCCACACUUGUACGGUGUACGGGUGAUGGCAGCUCCUCAAUACCUUCGUAUAAUUUUCUCACUAAACGGCCUAACAUGCCUACUCUCUACUCUUGUCUGUUUUAAUACCUACUAUUCGAGCAUUUAUACUCGUAGUCGUAGAGGCUUGAACCAAUAUACAGAAGAGGUUCCGAUUGCUCGUCUCUUACUUUACAAGCGAAUAACUAAUAAUUUUCGGAACUAUGACUAUAUCGACUGUGGCGUCCAACGGAGUUAUUUAUUUCUUGUAACUCGAAAUCAAUGUACCUACAGUGAGAGACUGACAGUACGUAGUCGGCACGUGACAAAGAAUUAAGCUUUCUAUAAUGCUAACCCUACACAAAUAAACGAUGUGCAAGGUCGCUUUUAUUGUGAAAGCGUUUGUUUUUUGUUAAAUUAUGUGUAAAAAUCACGCAUCUCUUAUAUCAGACCAGACUUGGCUCAGUCAUCUCGAAAACGACAAUUUUGAAAUUUCAAAAUUUAUGACAGGGUCUAUUACGCAAGACUAGAGUCAAACUCGACAAUCAAAAGACAUAGACAAACUCUCGACAGUCAAACGACCCUUAAGUGCAAUCUCGUGACCCUGAGUGGAAAUUUUCUAAUGUAGACUUAAAAAACGCGAGUUAUUAAAAUUAUAAAAGCUGAGGGAGAACUAUCUGGGAGAACGCCAUAAACGAGCGUGCGCGGGCAUGGCCCUAUUUGCUUGGUUUGUCUAUCCACUCCUGCGGCGCGGAUCUUUUUUCCUUUGACUGUCAACUGUCUCUUGUAUAACUUGGCCCAGUAAAUUACAACUAUGAGCAAUCGGAGGUCAGACUGUAUAUAAUGGCAAAGUCCUCAUCUAAGUCGAAUUCACAAAUGUGAUCUCCGAUUGAGCUUAUUGAUUCGUCUGAACGAUUCAAUAUUAGAAUAGUAUUCGAAAUUUCUUUGUCUACAUCUCUAUCACUUUUGCAUUAUAGGAGUUGGAGAUGGAGAUUCAGAAUCUCGAAUUUAAAAAACACUAACGAUGGUCGCUACAAUCCAGGCUUCAUCGCGCUUUUGUUAUUUAAUUAUCAGUCAACGCAAUGAAGUUUGGAUAAAAAUAAAAUAACGAUCAUCAUUAUGAUUAUGAUUAACCCAAUGCAUGGUAACUAGGGAAGAUGAGUAUUGGCGAGAGCAUCAAUGUUUUUUUUUUUUUUAAAUCGCUGAAGGAGGGUUAGUUGGUGGGUUAAUUUGUAGUGUAAAAGGAUAUAACUCUCUUGCGAUAAUUUAUUGACCUGUAUGUAACCAAUCGUAGCAAGUAGCUUAUAUAAGUGUAUUUUGUUGUAUUUUAGCGCAAAACAAUGUAAUAUAUUAAUAGUUGCAGAUUGAUGUCAAGAUGUUGUUUGAAAAGUAUUUUUAUUUACCUUAACCAGUGUAUACACUUGUGUUUUAUGGUUAGCAAUAGUAGUAAUCGUGAAUAAUACAGUUUUAUUUGAAUAUUUUUUACAUCUCAUUUAUUUUACACCAGAUCUGUAAUAUGUUGACACACCUUGUGUUGUCGUCAUAGUUAAUUAGCCGUAAGAUUAUUCACGAUAACGUUUGUAUUAUCAAACUGGGCCUGUAUUUGGUGACCAACUUAAAGAAAUGUAUACAUACCUAUAUAGUUAACGUUUUAAUUUGUCUAGGUAGGUAGUUGUACAGUCGCGAUGAGACAUGUAUAUUAUAUUAGACCGGUUAAAGCGCUCUCAAAUAUCUGAAUACGCCUCUAUUGUCAAGGAGUUAGAGCGCGUGUUCAGAUAUUUGUGAACACCUUGACCGCUCCGAUAUAUCUGAUAGCGACUGUACCAUUUAAAUGAUUCCAAUGUAUAUCUAAAGUAAUCUAAAAACGUAAGUAUAACUGUUUCGUUACACAAAGGAAUUAAUUUGAUUGUCGACGAUCGUCGACGACGUGGAGGGCUCCAUUAAGGCCUUGAUUAUACACAAACAUAAAAUUUGGUAAACAGUAUGUUUAAAAACAAUUAACCAUACUUAUAAGAGGGGGCGUAAAGCCAGGAAAUUAGAAGGGGACAAAAGAUAUGGCGCGCCGCGCGAACAUGUGACGCGACGGAAGAAAUGGCAAUAGCGCGAGUUUUUUUUAUCUCAACUACUCGGAUAAUAUGCUUAAAAAUGUUUUCGUCCAUUCUGCUUUACUACCAGGUAGAUACUAACAUUAUACUAAACCAACCUUAAACCUGUAAACCUGUGUGUUUUGUAAACCUGUGUUCUGUACAAUAAAGUGAUUACUACUACUACUACUACUACUACUACUACUACUAUUAUAUUGCUAUGAUAUGCAGGGUAACGAUCUACAAUCACCUUAUCAAACAAAACGCGUCUGUCUGUUCGUGUGUAGGUAUACUGUAUGUUCGCGAUAAACUCAAAAACUACUGAACGGAUUUUCAUGCGGUUUUCACCUAUCAAUAGUGAUCCUUGAGGAAGGUUUAGGUGUAUAAUUUGUUAAGGUUUUGUUUAAUACGUGCGAAACCGGGGCGGGUCACUAGCUGAAAAUAAAUGAAAAUGACGUUUUCGUAAACCUUUUCAUGGCAUUUGCCCUUGAUUAAAACGUAAGAAUUCAGUAUAUAAACUACAAUUAUGCGUUAGCCCCCUCUUAAACACUUGUAGACAGGUUACGGUCCAUUUACCUUUACCUAAUCUCCGCGCGUGUGCACGUGUCGUCCAUGUGCGAGUGGGUUGCACUAAUUAAUUUUGGUCUCUGAAUUCAGUCCCAUGUUUAAAGGAAACUAGAGUAAAACAUUAAGUUUAACUCUUUAAUCAUGGAGUGCAGUUUGUCAACGUUUAGAUAGAACAGGUUGUUGCUUCGUUGGAUACAUUUUGUAUAGGUAGAUACCAAUUUUAUGUUAAGGUAACCGUUUAUUAACAAAAAAGCUAUUAAAAGAAAGUGUACUA